UGCCUCACUCCUGUGAAAAGGCUUGGCAACCAGGCGUACAACUGUAACAUAGACUUUACCCAAUCUCUAACAUGGAGGAACACAAUGACCAGAAAGAAAAUUUCCGUAAAACUUUUGAUCAAAUGGCGCUUGAGAAACCCAAAUAUCAGGGAAUUAUGGCGUUUAAUAUGGUUGAAAAUUUUAUAAGCACUCCUGAUGAUAGAUACGUGCCACCAAAGUUUCCCCUUGAGCUUCCCAAGUUUGACCGAUCGACCCCAUUUGGGAAUGAAAUGCGAAAACACUUCUUGUUGGAUCUGGACAACUGGACGUUCUUGAAUCACGGUGCUUUUGGAUGUGUCUUAAAAGAGGGUCUGGAAACAGCUUAUAAGUGGCAGUGCUACGUGGAACAGCAGCCAGUGCGAUUUUUUGAUAGAGAAAUGUUGCCACUGUUAGCCCAUGUCAACCGUCGAUUGGCUAAGUUUGUUGGUGCAGAACCACGUGAUGUUGUUCUUGUACCGAACGCAACUGCUGGCAUCAAUACCGUGAUUAGAUCCAUCGAAUGGCGUCCAGGAGAUACCGUGUAUUACUUGAACACUUGUUACUAUACUGUUAAGAAAUUAUUCAGGCAUCUUAGUAGCGCCUACGGUGUUAUUUUAAAGGAAACUACAAUCACAUUUCCUGCCACCAAAGAGGAAAUCCUAAAAACAAUAAAGGAUACCCUGGAAGCAGGUACAAGACUGGCUUUGUUCGGUCAUAUACCUAGUAACUAUCCUGUUAUUAUGCCGGUGGAAGAAAUGGUGAAACUGUGCCAUAGCAAAGGUGUUCCAGUUUUAAUUGAUGGUGCUCAUGCUCUUGGAACCCUGCCAUUAGACUUGAGUGUUCUUAAGGCUGAUUAUUAUGUGGCAAAUGCACACAAGUGGCUUGCAUGCCCCAAGGGUUGUGCAUUCUUGCAUGUUUCUAAAAAGCAUCAGCCAAUGAUCAAACCUCUUGUGGUUUCAAGUGGUUUUGGAGCAGGAUUUAACUCACAGUUCAUAUGGACAGGUUUGAGAGAUUACAGUCCCUACUUGGCUUUAAAUACUGUGUUAGACUUUUGGGUGGCCAUGAGCCCUGAGAGAAUUCGCAAAUUCAACAACACGUUAGCUCACAAAGCUGCGACCAUGCUGGCACAGAAAUGGGGCACAGGCUUGCUCUCUCAUGCCCACAUGUUUGGUCCAAUGGUGAUGAUUCGUCUCCCCGAGGUACUGCUGAACUGUGUCACACAGGGUGGAAAGGAGGAAGCUGUGAAAGCUCAUGCAGAAAUGGUGCAAGCCAAGCUUCAUUAUGAAUUCAAUAUUGAGGUUCCUGUCAAACUGAUCCAAGGGAAACUACAUACUAGGAUUUCUGCUCAUGUUUAUAAUGAGCUGAGUGAUUAUGACAAGUUAUGUGAUGCGAUUCUUAUUAUGACAAAUGAUGUGCUGAACAAUUCAGGAGCCUAUAACUCCUAUAAGCAGUAUAGUUAGCUAGGAGUGGUAUGUCUGCUGGAGCACAUCACAAUAAAGAAUUGACUAAAAAUUACAA